AAACAGCUUCUGCUAGCAAACGUGUCCUGCCAGACACGUGGAGAAAUAGAAAGUUGAUGGCCCCAGUGAAUGGGACACAGACAGCCAAGAACUGCACAGAUCCUGCAAUUCACGAGUUCCCCGCAGACCUGUUCUCCAAUAAGGAGCGACAGCACGGAGCCGUCCUGCUGCACAUCCUUGGUGCUCUGUAUAUGUUCUAUGCCUUGGCCAUAGUGUGCGAUGACUUCUUCGUUCCAUCUCUAGAGAAGAUCUGUGAGAGACUCCAUCUGAGUGAAGAUGUGGCUGGAGCCACCUUCAUGGCUGCAGGAAGCUCAACACCAGAGCUGUUUGCCUCUGUUAUUGGGGUGUUUAUUACCCACGGGGACGUCGGGGUGGGCACCAUCGUGGGCUCUGCUGUGUUCAACAUCCUGUGCAUAAUUGGAGUAUGUGGACUGUUUGCUGGCCAGGUGGUCCGUCUGACGUGGUGGGCCGUGUGCCGAGACUCCGUGUACUACACCAUCUCCGUCAUCGUGCUCAUUGUGUUCAUAUAUGAUGAACAAAUUGUGUGGUGGGAAGGCCUGGUGCUCAUCAUCUUGUAUGUGUUUUAUAUUCUGAUCAUGAAGUACAAUGUGAAGAUGCAAGCCUUUUUCACAAUCAAACAAAAGAGCAUUGCAAACGGCAACCCGGUCAACAGUGAGCUGGAGGCUGGUAAUGAUUUCUAUGACAGUAGCUAUGAUGACCCUUCCGUGCCAUUGCUGAGGCAAGUGAAGGAGAAGCCACAGUAUGGCAAGAACCCCGUGGUGAUGGUGGACGAGAUCAUGAGCUCCAGCCCUCCCAAGUUCACCUUCCCCGAAGCUGGCUUACGAAUCAUGAUCACCAAUAAGUUUGGACCCAGGACCCGACUACGGAUGGCCAGCAGGAUCAUCAUUAAUGAGCGGCAGAGACUGAUCAACUCGGCCAAUGGUGUGAGCAGCAAGCCGCUUCAAAACGGGAGACACGAGAACAUUGAAAACGGGAAUGUUCCUGUGGAAAACCCCGAAGACCCUCAGCAGAAUCAGGAGCAACAGCCGCCGCCACAGCCACCACCCCUGGAGCCAGAGCCGGUGGAGGCUGCCUUCCUGUCCCCCUUCUCCAUGCCGGAGGCCAGAGGGGACAAGGUCAAGUGGGUGUUCACCUGGCCCCUCAUCUUCCUCCUGUGCGUCACCAUUCCCAACUGCAGCAAGCCCCGCUGGGAGAAGUUCUUCAUGGUCACCUUCAUCACCGCCACGCUGUGGAUUGCUGUGUUCUCCUAUAUCAUGGUGUGGCUGGUGACUAUUAUCGGAUACACACUUGGGAUCCCGGAUGUCAUCAUGGGCAUUACUUUCCUGGCAGCAGGGACAAGUGUUCCAGACUGCAUGGCCAGCUUAAUUGUCGCAAGACAAGGCCUUGGGGACAUGGCAGUCUCCAACACCAUAGGAAGCAACGUGUUCGACAUCCUGGUAGGACUUGGCGUACCAUGGGGCCUGCAGACCAUGGUUGUUAAUUAUGGAUCAACAGUGAAGAUCAACAGCCGGGGGCUGGUCUAUUCCGUGGUCCUGUUGCUGGGCUCUGUCGCUCUCACUGUCCUUGGCAUCCACCUAAACAAGUGGCAACUGGACCGGAAGCUGGGCGUCUACGUGCUGGUUCUCUACGCCAUCUUCUUGUGCUUCUCCAUAAUGAUAGAGUUUAACGUCUUUACCUUCGUCAACUUGCCGAUGUGCCGGGAAGACGAUUAGCGCUGAGUCGCGGCCCCUGGGAGCUGAUCUGGACACCCUGUGACACUGGCGUCCUCCUCUCCCCUCCUUCCCCCACCACAGGUCUCUCCUGCAUAGGCAGCCACUGUCCGUUCUUUCACACACUGGAAGGAAGAGCCAUCGUGGUCUUUGUCUGGUCACAGGCCAGACUGCUGGGCGUCCUCCUCCUCCUUGGAGUUCCACCCCUGCAAGGCUGGAUUCAGGGGCCAUUAUCUGAGCAGCUUCGAAGAUCCCUAGCUGCCAACCACAGAGAUGUGUUGAGCAUCUCAUCUCUCCUGCACACUUUAGUCAGAAGGACUUCUGCAUGCAGUUUGUCUUUCUGUUCUGCAGGCAGCCUCGGAAAUGAGGUCAUUUGUGAGCACGAGAUCACAUAGGGCAGGUGCAAAAUAGGAAUGUUGUUCUCAAGUGUCACCUCUGGCCCAGAGGCGGUUCCUUAGGCAGCAUGUGCUCCUGGGAGCCUCCAACUUUUGCUGGAAGCACCCACAGUUUGGAAGGGGCAAGACCUCAACCUGUUGGGGUUUAGGGCCCAUGAUGGCAGACAUUCUACCCCUUUUCCUGGAAAAACUGGAGGAAUGAAAAUAACUUUUUUUUCUGCAGAAGAGAGAAAACUGAGUGAAUAUUCUUCUCACUUUUAUUGAUGCAUUCAGAGAAUAAGCAAUGAAAUAUUAAACAAUGAAACAUCAUAUAGGUUCAUCAUACUUGAAAACUAUCAUUCCAUAUGAAAGGAUCAUGAUACACACCAAAAAGGUAAUGAUCGUAGAGACACAAAUCCUCUGUGCACCAUCUUGUAUUGGCACUGAGGUGUUUGGUUUGAAAUAGGGAAAAAGGUAAGAGACUAAUGUGGAAAGGUGCUAACUCAGAGACUGGAGAUUAUAGUUUACAGCUGUACUUUCCAGAUCUUCUAUGUGACACAAUGCACUGUCCUUGUGGGUUUGUCAUUUAUUUGUUAAUGCUGUAGUUUCAAAACCACCCUGUUGAAAGGUCCAGUUGUUUAUAUGCCCAACAAAUUUCAUAGCCUGCUGAACUGGACUGAGUGUGUCAGAAGUGCUGGUUAAUUAUGCAAGAGAGAUUGCCUGAAAAACAACAAAUUGCUUUCUGGUUAGCUGAAGGCAAGUGUGAAAAUCAGAAUUUAGAAUAUUUAGAGCUAAGCUUCUGGAACCACGUAGUUUACUGUACGUGAAAGGCCAAGAAUGGGAGGC